AUGAAGACCUUCUCUGUGCUUCUCCUUGCUAUGCUGAGCAGUUUUGGUGCCGCUGUGCCCGUCGUGACUCCGGGUGGCUCCGACAAGAACGACGCGUCUCGUAAGAAUGCCAAUGUGGGCAACUCCUACUUGAGCACUCUUAUGGAAGACGAAAACCAAAACUGGGGAUACGAUGACAGUCAAGAACCGGAGGACAACAAACCCAACCCAAGGCCUGUUAACUUUGAUACUUUUUCCCCUCCUAAUGGCAAAAGUCGCCCCUCUAACGAAGCCUUUGUUGGAGAGGCUUAA